AUGGAGGAUUGGAGGGGGGAGAAGAAGAAGGUUGGGGCUGUUGUGGGGGUGGCUGAAGAAGCAGAAUUCUUCGUCAUAUUCUGGUCCCUUCAUAUCUAUCUAUCUAUCUAUCUAUCUAUCUAUCUAUCUAUCUAUCUAUCUCAAUGUGUUGAUAUCAAUCUAUCAAAGAAUUUGUCCGUAUGCAUGUUUUUAUGUAUCUAUCUCAGUCUGUUCAUAUCUAUUUGUCCAUCACGGUCUUCUCAUGUACGUCUCUCUUUCUCUAUCUAUCUAUCUAUCUAUCUAUCUAUCUAUCUAUCUAUUUCAACAAAAACUUAUUUGCAUGCAUGUAUCUAUCUAUCUACCACAAUAUCGUCUUUCUUACCACAUCUCUCUCUCUCUCUCUCUCUCUCUCUCUCUCUCUCUCUCUCUCUCUCUCUCUUUUUUCUCUUUCUUUUUAUAUACUCCACUUUUUCUCUUGGGCACUCCGAGGCGGUCUUUCAUCUAGCUAAAUCUAUUAAUUAUCUAUCUAUCUCAAUCUUCUCAUAUCUAUCUAUCUAUCUAUCUAUCUAUCUAUCUAUCUAUCUAAAUCUUCCCAAUCUAUCUAUCUAUCUAUCUAUCUAUCUAUCUAUCUAUCUAUCUAUCUAUCUAUCUAUCUAUCUGUUUCAUUCUAAUAUCUAUCUAUCUAUCUAUCUAUCUAUCUAUCUAUCUAUCUAUAGAACGGACAUAUAUGAUAGCUGCGUGCUUGUGCGCAUAUAUCAUGCAUAA